UGUCUUGUACCAUCUAUCACCACGGUGGUGGGUAUAGUCUUAUGUAUGGAGAGAGCAAUAGCAUUAUCUUUCCUCUUUUUAACAUUUGUAUAUCAAAGUUCAGGGCAAUGCGAAAUGUUAAUGUGCAGGAUAAACCCAUUUAUUGGUUCUCAAUCAAGGCUGACUACUUCAGACAUCGACCUAAAUCUCUGCUCUUAUAUUAUCAUCGCGAUAGGGUUAGUGACAAAUGAAGAAAAUGUGAUUUAUGUAAAACCCCAAGUCAGACAAAUGUACUCGUGGAUGUCACAAGCUAAAAGACAAAAUCCAAAAUUGAAAUUCGUAAUGACUUUAUAUAUUGAAACAUUUUAUGAAAUGUAUCUAGACCCAGCAAAAAGAAGUGAGCUUUUUCAAGCGUGUAUAAGACAUUUACGUGAUAAUAGAUUCGUAGGAAUGACAAUAGAAUUGAACUAUGGCUUUGGUUACGACGUCUAUCCACACACUACUUACACUAAACAUAGAUUUGCUGACUUCUUACAGGACGCUCAAAAUGCUUUCACCGACGAAGCAAAAGGAAAUGAUAAACCAAAACUUUUGUUAUUUGGAACUUUGCCUGGUUUUACCAAUAUUAUUCUAAAAGAUUAUGAUGUGCCAAGAACGUUUAACUAUUCGGAUUUCGUGAUAUUUAACAUAUUAUCGUAUGGUGAAGACGAUUAUUGGACAGGUUGGGAAACAAUAGAUGAACUUAGUCGUCGUCACCACAGUAGAAUUUAUAAACUAGACCCAGAGGACACCUUUAACUUAGACUAUUAUAGCCAAUGGAUUAUUUCGGUAGGUGGAGUAAAGUCAAAAACAAUAGUCAGCGUUGAAGUGCAAGCCCUUUUUUAUUAUAACAGAAGAGCACCUGGAUUAGAGCCAAAUUAUAAACUUGUCAGAAUUUUGAACUAUGGUGAAAUGUGUGACUUUCUGAGAAAAGGCGGUCAAAUUGCACGUGCCUCGAAUAUAAGCCCUUUUCAUAUAUAUGACAGGAUGUUAACAUUUUAUGAUGAUGAAUUCAGUGUAAAAGAAAGGAUCAAGUAUAUUAAGAAAACAAGUCUAGCUGGUUUUAGUUUUGGUGCCAUGGAGGGUGACGACUUCCGUGGUAACUGCGGAAGGGGUAAAUGGCCGCUACUGCGUGCAAUAAGGGGAGAGUGUAGAAAAUCUUAAGAAGGAUAAUGAUUGAUGAAAGAAAUAAAACAAAAUAGACAAAAAUCUUGGACUUCAGAAUAAAACGAUUGUCAACUAAUGUUUCUGUAAUGUAGUGUGUGUUGUAUUUCCAUGGUUACCGUGAAAUAAAUUUAGCAAUUUGUAGAUGACUAGUUAGUGUGAAUGAUACAAGACAAGUGGUACUUUCGUAAGCUGUCUUGAGUACUAAGACGACUCAAGAAUGCCGAAGUGAAAAUAUGUGUUUUUUUGUAGCGAGUUAGAUAUAUAGUUGAAAGUACCAUUUUAUAUUAUUUCUAAAAUCUACUGCAUUUAUUUUAUUUCAUCUGAAGGUAAAUUUUUCAAUAUGAUAAAAAAAGAAAAAAAGAAGUUAUAUUUAGUAUAGAUUAGAAAGAAGUUAUUCCAGCUAUUUUAAGUUUUAAGACGUUCAAAGACAAUACGUCUAAAUCGACAUAAGUCUCCUACCAUCAGUAUGGGGCUACACGUGAACAAUGGUCAACAAUACAAGAGUCUUUCCCUCCACGGAGAGUAGACCAUAGCGCUCUGAGCCUACUAUAAACAUAAAAGUUGCACUACGAAAAAAAAAGGAUUCACGAUUAAAGCUUGUUAGCGUAAUUUAUAAUUUUUUAAUUCCUUUUAAUUUGUACUUGAACAAUGACUACGGUAUAAGAUUCUAAUUGCUCUUCUAAAAUCUAAUUACCCCCCCUCCUUUUUUUUUUUACGUGUUAUA